AUGUUCUACAGCAUGCUGUUGCAACUGUUUACAAUGUUCUGUUUCAACUGCAAAGGAAAUUCUCCAAAAGCUAGAAUGAGGCAGUGUGGAACCCUGGUCAAAGUGACUCAGACUUGUUCACAAUGUCACCAAGAGUACUCUUGGAAAUCACAACCAACUGUUCUGGGAAAAUUCCUUGUUGGUAAUAUCCUAUCGAAUUUUGGAGUCUUGGUGGCUGGUGCAUCUAUAAGCAAGGUCUUGCUGGUGUUCUGUCAUAUGGAGCUCUGUGGAUAUUCUGGCUGCACCUUUUUUCGACAUCAAAGAUCUUUCCUGCUCCCUGCUGUCCUUCUAUACUAGGAAAGAUAUCAGGCUAAUCUGAUAGAGAGUAUAAAGAAGAUAAAAAAUGUGGCUUGGAGUGGGGAUGGUAGGUUUGACUCCUUGGGGCACUCUGCCAAAUAUGGAGUGUACACAAUGUUUUGUACCACAAUCUUGAAGGUUGUCCACUUUGAAUUAGUUCAGGUAAGUUUUGUAUGAAUAGUGCUUUUCAUGUAUGCUGAUUGGCUAGUUGGAAGUGGCUAGCAGAUACUAUUCACCUCCUCAACUGCAGAGACAAACAUGUGUCUCAACAAUGUAAUUUUUCAAACCUUUUCUUGGUUUCUGGGUUUCUGUGUGGCAUAUACCUAAAUAAUUAUGAUAUAAAUUAUGGGUUCACUGAAAUGGAAUGGUCUGAUGAAUAUACAAAAUGAUAAUGAUAUUAAUAAUAAUAAUAAUAAUAAUAAUAAUAAUAAUAAAAAUUACAAGAACCCAUGAUUUGUAUGGUAUUUCCUGGUGGUUUGAUAACCUUUAUUUUCUUGUUUGUCUCAGGCAAAUGAAACUGGAGGUAGUCAGCAGACUGAACUGGAAGGAGCGAAGAGGUGUCUUUCUUUUUUGCAGUAUCUUGGUUUGCUAAUUGGUAUUUUUGUGUCUGAUAGGCACAGAGGCAUUGCAAAAUGGAUUAGGGAGAACUGUGUCAACACCAAGCACUAUUUUGAUAUAUGGCAUGUGGCAAGAUCACUAGGGAAAAAGUUGUUGGCUCUGAGUAGAGAGAAAGGAUGUGAAAUUCUAAAAGAGUGGAUGAAGGGAAUAAGAAAGCAUCUCUACUGGUGUGCAACUUCAACAAAGGCUGGGUUUGAGUCCCACAUCCUUGCCACAUGGAAUUCAUUAUUGCAUCAUGUCAGCAACAAGCACAAUAACCACCCAGAUCCACUUUACAAACAGUGCUGUCAUGGACAGCUUGAACCCAGGAGGUGGAUUAGAGUUGGUAUGAACAUCAAUAGUACACUGCAAAUCUUUUUUAACUUGCCAUUGCCAGUUCUGUUUUUGUUUACAAUACCCCUUAGGCAAAUAACUUAAUCCACUGUUGUCAACAAACUAGACCAUUGUGUAAUUUCUUGCGUAUUUACCUUUAACAGGAACUGAAGCAUUUGACAAACUGAAACUGCAGUUGACCAAGAAAAUGUUACUGAAUGACAUAAAGAAACUUUCACCAGAUGCCCAGACAAGUUGCCUUAAAAUGCCUUGUUUUACUUGGCUGGGGACUCUCAGCAGGUAAUUUUGAUUGUGUAGUAAUACGUUUUCUUUUUUCAUAGAUUUUUAUUUUCAAAAUCCACCAAGUCAAUGAUGUAGAUUGGCCACCAUAAAGUGUUCUAAGGCUUUCUUAGCUUUAAAACCACUUUACUGUGACCAAUCUACAAAAUUAACUCAGUUGAUAAAACCAAAUUAUUUUGUUACACUUCUCUACUGAUACAGCACCAGUUCCCUUAGAAAAUUACCCCAUUUAUUUCUAAGGGAGUCACUUAUACUAAUUUUAUGUUCAUGUCUCUUGCUUAAUCAGAAUAUAUCGAUGUUUUGGUGUUUCUUUCUCCUAAAUGAUUUCCAGUCAUUUUUUUUUGGAUGAACCUAUAAAAUGGACAUGAAUUUGCUCAUUCCUGAAUUUUUUUUUUUUAAAAGGCACAUACUUACAAGUUUGCAUUUCAAUGAGAACUUACAGAGGGAAACACAAAAGGCAUUUAAUGGAAAAGAGUACAUUCGGGUCACCUACCCAAAAUUCAAAAUGGGAGAGGAAGUUGUGUGAGAGGUGGCAUGCCCACCUACCUAUGGUAAGAAUAAAUAUGACUACAGUGGAUUAACUCUUAUUUAUAAGAAAACAACAUGAAUAAUGUUUUAAUACUUUGCUUUACUUGCUGUAUCGUUUGGUAAAACUGUGAUACCCUUUAAAAGAGUAUUAUUUCUUGUUUAGAAAUACCCUGAACCUGAACAUACCUUUUUGUAUAUUAUAACAUAUAUAUAUUUUUUGUUGUUGUUGUUGUUUUCAGGUUAUGUUGAUGGUUUGAAGAAACUACUCUUCUAUUUUCCAAAAGAAAAGAGGGAGGAAAUAAUUAAGAAGUAUGCAUCAAGAACACCUGAGCCCCUCAAUCAGCAGUUUUCAGAAAGAUUGAGCAAGGAGGAAGCUAUAAAGGCAUAUAUCGCAAAAAAGGCAAUGAAGAAAACAGCAUUAUUUCCACCUG